AUGAUUCGCUCGAAUUCGGAUACGACUACAAGUACAAGUUCGCCAACUCCAGUCAGUCCUUUCUCAUCUAAUUAUUCCGUACCUUCAGAGCCUACUUCGGACGAGAUUCCCGACCUUGGCCAGUUUACUGCCGUUCUACGAGCCUGGAACCAUCUUCAACCGUUUCCAAGAACUCUGCAUCCAUCUCUUGUCAACAGACAAGAGUAUACCACUUCUUCUUCUCGCACCGGAUCUUUUCCGACAAUAUCCUCGGAAAUUGAAUCGGACGAACAGCGUCAACCCCCUUCAACAGUUUGGGCACAGAGGCCUAUCGCUUCCUAUUUAGCUUCGGGUGAUAUUACUACAGACACAGAAACCGACCGAGAACGAGAGAACCGUCCACCUCCCACGUCAUCCUCGAUUUCUACUCGGGGAUUUCACCUUAUUUCUACCCAGCGUGCUCACGGACUAAAUGAUGAACCGGACACUGACGUUGAAGAUGACGAAGAUUAUUCCGACGCUCAUGUUGGGCGACCUCGUAUGGUACAGAUCGAAGACUUGGAUGAACUUGACUCGACGUUUGGGCACGACCUUUAUUAUGAUGGUAAUGAAACCAAUAACAACAAAGAGUUGCAACCGGUGGAGCCUGGCAGUCUGGACGUGACUCAGCUACGACUGAACGAAGAGAGUGAGCAGUCGACUGGCCUUGGAGACAUGAGUCUUCAAGAGGUUGACGAACAACCUUCGUUGGGAUAUCUGGACGAGGCUUUACGCUUUAUUGCUGCAGAGCGAGAACGCUGGAAGGCUCAACGUGAAGCUGGCCUUACUAAUGGAUCUACAACCUUGGUAUCGGAACCACGCAGGAAACGACGGAGAAAGCGAAAGACUCUUCGUGCUCAUUCGACGACACGAACAUCUACUACCUCUACCAAUCCCUCAUUGACAUUCACCUCGUCCUACCUGGCAUCUGCUUCCACACCUUCCCUUCUCAGUACUGUCUUUCAGUCACUCACAGCCAGGGAUGAUGGUGAAGAUGGUGAUGCCGAUGACUCCUCGUCCUCUUACGAUCAUCGCUACAGUACUAGCUCACCGCAAGUCGCAUCCCGGCAGCCCCUCUUCAGGUCCCCUGCUACACCCCAGCGUAGGGGAGUUAAAAACUCGCAGCGGCAGAGGAACCCAAAACUUAAACAUGCUUCGUCUACGCCUCAAUUACGGCCUCCUCCUCAGCCGCUCGUCGUUGAGGAGGCUAACCCUAGGGUAGGCCAACUGAGGGCUCUCGGGAAGAAGCUGGAGAAAUUAUUUCCUGAAGAUAAACAGUUCCUUGACACGGUAGGCUACGGAACCCUCUCCUCUCCUGCACCUACCGGUGGUACUUCGUAUUUCGAAGCGUUCAGCGGGGACGAUGUGGGGACGGUCGGUGUUCUGGGAAAUUUUGUUGAUACCAGGGGUGCUCCGGCACGAGCGAGGAAAACGGAUGGAGAAGAAGAGAGAAUAAUUCAUGUUUUCGUUGAUCACUCAAACAUCCUCAUUGGGUUGUUGAAUUUCCUUAAACGAUAUCCCCGUCAACAUCCUCAAUAUCACGAACUUUUGCAGUAUUCAUCAGGCGGCAAUAACACCAUAGGAAACCUUUCAUCACCUGCCUAUCCAAAACCACCCAAACAUCUUUCACACUCCGCCUUGACUCUCGUCUUGGAACGAGGUCGACCAGUAACUCGAAGAGUGUUGGUAACGUCUUCACCCUUAUAUCAGCCUAUGGACAGUGCUGAGUUGUUGGGCUUCGAGGUCAGGGUUUUUGCUCGUGUCCCUGAUAUGGGCGACGGUAUAGACCGGGAUCGAGAUCGACAAAGACCUGGUAAUGGACACAAGAGAAGUUUUAGCUCCGGAUCUUUCACAAACAGUCAUUUGAACCGGGAAAGUUCUGGUGUCGGAAGUGGAAGUGGCCAAGACAUUUCAGGGUCCCCCAAGAAGGGAAGGAAACGGUCUGGAAGUGUUAACAACGGGAUUGGUGGCAGUUUUGGUCCACUCUCCAGUAAUAAUCGAAGAAGGGGCCAUCAAAGAGGUUUCUCGGGUGGUACGUCUACAGAAAGUGAGCAGGGUACUUCUCCUGCCACUGUUGGAAACGCAACCUUCCCACGAGCUUGUCAAAGAAGCUUAGGCAGAGCUUCUGUGGCCUCCAGCGGGAAUGGAACACCCUCGAUGAUGAUCUUGUUAUCGUCAUCCAUGCCGACAUCUAACGUGUCUGCACCCCCAACCUCUACACCGGGACAAGGUGUCGCCCGGGUGCGAUAUCGCGAGCAAGGGGUGGACGAAUUGUUGCAGUUGAAAUUACACCAGGCUUUGGCUUCGAUCGACGGUCCGCCACCCAAGGGCAGUACUAUUAUACUUGCUACUGGCGAUGGCAAUGCUGGACAGUUCAAUGAAGACGGAUUCUUAGGAAGUGUCAGGACCGCAUUGAAGAGAGGUUGGAAAGUUGAGCUAUAUGCAUGGGAAGGAGGGUUAAGUAAAGCUUGGAAACGGGAAUUCGGCGAUUCAAGCGAGUGGGGGACGCGUGGAUGUGCGUACGGUGAUGGUCCGAGGUUUAAAGUCAUUGGCAUGGAACAAUUUGGGAGCGAGUUGGUCGAAAUUUAUUUCUGA